CUAUCAAUGUAAAAAAAUUUACCAGGUGGAAAUUCUCAUCUCAAAUCCAGUUUACAUUUACAUGAUAUUGUCUAUCUUGGUGCUCACAAUUCACCUAUGGCUAGUUGUUAUGGAUGGAAAUACACACAAUAAAAUGUGACUAUAACUGAGUAGUUUGAAAAAUAUGGUGCUAGACAUUUCAAAAUUCCUUUACAUUGGCAUGUCUAAAAUGGUGUUCCUUAAGUAUUUUAUUUAUUCUACUAGAUUGUUAUUGCCCAUGAAGAAAAUGGUAAAUCUAAUUGUAAAUUGUCUCUUGCUUAGAGAUUAGCAUCGAAACCAGAAAAAGCUGUUGAUCGUCUUAAAGAAUUAGUUAAUUUAACUUUUAAAUAUCCUGAUGAAGUUAUUAUUAUGAAAUUAGAGAGUAAAUUAUUAGAGAGGUCUAAAGAUAAUGGAACAUUAGGGUGGAGUGAUAUUGAAGUGGCUCAAAAAUUGCAUAAUUUAUUAGUUGAUAUUAAAGCAAAAUAAAGAGUUAUAAGAUUUUAAGAAAAUAAUGUGCCUACAUUAGGAUGGUGUAGAGAUAAUUAAAAGAAUAUUUUGAUUACAAUUGAACCUAGAGAAUAAAUUUUAGGUGAUUUACAAGAAUAUACUCAUGAUUCUUAUAUUGUAAGUGCUUAAGUUGAUUGGGAAACUGAUCCUUCAAAAGAUGUCACAACUGGAGAUGUUGCAAGAGGUAAAGUCAACAAAAAUAAUGGAUAUAUUUAGUCACCUUUUUUAGAAAUCCAUUUAAAUCCAGAAAAUAGCUUAAAGUAUAAAUAUGAUAUUAAACUUAAGACUAGAUAUUUAGUAUAGAAAGUUGUAUAAUCAGUAUGACCAUGUCAAGAAAAGAUUUUUAUAAUAUAAUAAACAUUGUGGCAAAAUGCCUAACUUUGUUGUUGCUGAUUUUGUAGAUCAGGGAGAUCUUUCUAAAAUAAUAGAUGAAAUAAACACAAAUAUCAAUCAAAAUGAUGGUUUUAAAUCUGAGUUAUUAUGA